AUGGCGUCGUCGUCGCCCUCCGGGUCCCCCCCCCCCCCCCCCGCGACGCAUCAGCUGAUCACCGCGUCCGGCGACCUCCUCGAGCCGCCGCUCCACGCGUACCUCUCCUCGCUCCCGAACGGCGAGGACUACCUCCGAUGGAACGACGCGUACCAGGUGGUCGCCAUCAUGGGCCCGCAGAGCAGCGGCAAGAGCACGCUGCUGAACCACGUCUUCGGCGUGCGAUUCGACGAGAUGAACGCGGACUUGGGGAGGUCGCAGACGACGAAGGGCGUGUGGCUGUCGCGCGCGGCGAGCGGCGGCGACGACGCGGCGGUCCCGACGCUCGUCAUGGACCUCGAGGGGACCGACGGACGAGAGCGCGGCGAGGACGACACCGCGUUCGAGAAGCAGACCGCGCUGUUCGCGAUGGCCGCCGCGGACGUGCUCCUGGUGAACAUGUGGUGCAACGACAUCGGGAGAGAAGUCGCGAGCGGGAAGCCGCUCCUGAAGACGAUCUUCCAGGUCAACCUCAAGGUGUUCAACCCGAAGAAAACCACGCUACUUUUCGUCAUCCGCGACAAAUCCAGGACGCCGCUGGAGAUGCUCGAGGCUAACCUGCGGGAAGACUUGGAUCGCAUCUGGACCGCGAUGAAGAAGCCGGAAAAGCACGCCGACGCCGCCUUCGACGCCUUCUUCACGCUCAAGUUCGUCGCGCUGUCGCACUACGAGCACGCUCACGAGAAAUUCGUGGAGGACGCCGAGGCGCUCCGCGAGCGCUUCUCGCUGCCGCCGUCGGACCCGCGAUCGCUGCGGCCGAGCGGCGACGACGGCAGAGCGGCGGUGCCCGCGGCGGGCUUGGUCGUGUCGUGGAGAGAGGCGUGGCGCGCGGUGAAAGAGAACCGCGAUCUCGACCUCCCCGCGCACAACGUCAUGGUCGCGACGGUGCGAUGCGAGGAGAUCGCGCGCGAGCGGCUGGCGUGCGUGGCGUCCGACCGCGAGAUCGCGCACCUGAGCGCCGCCGUCGCGUCCGGGCCGGGACCGAGAGGCAUCGCCGAGACGUUGACCGGGUUGACGCGUUCGGCGCUCGAAAAGUACGACGAGGACGCGGGGUACUUCGACGCGACGGUUCGCAACGCGAAACGUCGCGAGCUGGCCUCGCGGCUCGUCCUCGCGCUGCGGAAGAUCGUCGCGAAGCACCUGACGCACUGGCGCGACGCGAUCGCGGACGCGGUCCCGAACGACGGCGACGACGGCGACGACGAAAGCGGCGGCGCGAAGACGGCUUCGGGUGCUGCCGUGGAUGCCGACGUGGACGAAUCAGACGCGGACGCCGCCGCCGCCGCAGCGACGUGGUCCCGCGUCGCCGCCGUCGCCACCGCCGAGCUCGAGCGCGAGCUCGCGGCGAUCGUCUCCGCGGAGCGUAAAACCCGCGUCGACGAGGACGUGCGCGCGAUCGAGCGCGUCAUGGAGCGCCACGUGGCUGCUGACGUGUCGAGCCUCCUCGACGACGCCCCCGCGGACGCGUGGGCGAAGCUCGAAAAGAUUUUACUCGCGGCGGCGAAAAAAUACGUCGGCGUCGUCUCGAGAACGCUCGCCGGUUUCGAACUCGACGCGACCGAGCUCGCCGCGCUGACGACCGCGAUGGCGAAGCGCGUGCACGAGACCGUGGACGCGCGCGUGAGAGACGCCGCGAGCCCGACGUGCGUCGUGGAGUCGAUGAAGACGGCGUUCUCGCGCGGUUUGCCCAAGACGUGGCGCGCGAACGACGACGUCGCGGCGGCGAACGCGCGCGCGCGACGCGAGGCGGUCAGGGUGCUCGGGCUCCUCGCCGUGUGCCGGCUGCCAGCCUGGCGAGGCGAGAAAGCGAAUCUCGUGACGAAUGACGUGGCGGCAUCUGAUUCGCGCGCGGGCGCGACUGACGACGACGACGACGACGGCUUCCCCGGCGAGUGGCCGGGCGCGAAGGACGAAGAUGUGAUGCUCUCCCCGGCGCAGUGUAAGCGCGCGUGGAAAAAAUUCGAGAGCGAGAUCGCGUACGCGGUGUCCCAAGCCCUCAACGCGGUCGAGGCCGCCGCGCGCGGUGGGUCGCCGUCGGCGCCGGCGUGGAUGAUCGCGCUGUUGAUCGUCUGCGGCUUCGACGAGAUGAUGUGGCUUUUGCGGCAUCCGUUUUCGGCGACGCUGUUGCUCGCGGUUUUUUUGUUCGGACGCGCGCUGUACAACAACCUGGACGUGGAGGCCGCGAUGAAGAUGGGCGUGAUCCCGGGGCUCGUGUUUCUCAGCACGAAGAUCAUCCCCACCGCGAUCGUCGUGUUGAAGCGGUUGAUGGACGAAGGGAACAACGCACCGAUCGCCGUCGCGGACGCCGCGGGCAAGGCGAAGGUGGAGACCGAUCCGGGGGGGGGCGGAUCCCCGGGGGAGCGACCCGAGGUGCGUUCUAUACACUGGUUCCCAUACGACCGCGUUGGCGAGGUGGACGCCGAUCCUUAA